CGGAUGGCAGGGAGUUUGGUCCCGUGCGGUUGGAGCUGAACGGAUCGGUCGACAUCCCCCCUACCGUUUCUGGGCAAGGAAAAGGGAGAAGGAGCGACACCUGCGGGAAAGACCUGCUUCCAGACGUGGAAAAUCGGACUAGAAAAAGGGCGCACGGUCCUUGUUCAAGUUUAAAAAAGGAGAGAGAGAGAGAGAGAGUCUCUUCGUAUCUUUCCCCCGAGUCAGCAUGUCUACCAGUAAUUAUAGCUUCAAGAACCGGUGCGUGUCUAUCCUGUGCUGCAAAUUCUGUAAACAGGUGCUCAGCUCCAGGGGCAUGAAGGCUGUCUUGCUGGCGGACACCGAGAUAGACCUUUAUUCUACUGACAUCCCUCCAACCAAUGCUGUAGACUUCAUUGGAGCCUGCUAUUUCACUGAAAUCUGCAAGUGCAAACUGAAGGACGUUGCGUGUUUAAAAUGUGGGAACAUUGUAGGUUACCAUGUGAUCGUCCCAUGUAAACCCUGCCUUCUGUCCUGCAAUAAUGGACACUUCUGGAUGUUUCACAGUCAGGCGGUUUUUGGCAUCAACCGAUUGGACUCUUCAGGUGUAAAUUUGCUACUUUGGGGCAAUUUGCCAGAGGCAGAGGAAGGUACAGAUGAAGACUCAUUUAACAUCUCAGAGGAGGAGUGUAUUCGAUGAAUAUUGUUGGCAAAACAUAAUGUAUAUACUGUAAAAAAUAUUCUAAAGGACAGACUUUAACACUGUUAGUAAACAGACCAAAGGAUUUAUC